AUUUGUCAAAAUAUCUGCCAGGAAAAAUUUCCUUCAAAUACCAAUUUUUAAGCGUUCAAUCCAUUUAGUGUAAUAUCCAAAAUGUACGCAAUAACUUAGACAGGAAAAUAGAGACUAUUAAGAAACAGAGAGGCUUUUUGAGUAAUAAGUAAAUAACUGCGGGGGCAAAUAAAAUGUGUUACUUUGAUGCAUAAAACGGAACUGCGUCAUGAGGGAAACGUCUGAGAAGUGUAUGUAGGAGUAGGUGUGGAUGAUUGGAGAAAUACGAGUUGUGCUGUUAAAUUGGCUUACCUUCCUGUGAGCUAACCUAAUGGCGCAGGAAUUUUCCACUUUUCACAAGAAAACUAAAUAAUCGGAUCCAGAUAUGUUAUCUUGCCUGUUUAUCGAGUAUGUUUAAUUCAAAAUAACCAACGAAAACAGCAGCGGUCUUGGAAUAAACAGAUCUCGACCAUCAGUUGUGGAACACAAGCUAAUAAUUUUAAGAUUCUUGGGACUACACGAUUACUAUACAAAUCAAUGCCCAUUCGUUUGCAUACAUCAAAAUGGUCUAGACUUCUUGACUUAGUACACAGUCAUGUUGUUUCUAGUAAUAAAGCAACUGAGCUUUAUUUAUAAUGGCAUUUUAAUGUUUUCAGUAUUCUGAUUUUAUAAAGCGAUACAGGUUAAACUAUACGCACGCAAAAUUGGUGUUUUGGCUACAGGGAAGGCAUCACGAGUUCAGCUUGCAAAAUGCUCUGUCAGAUAAAUGCUUAAUAUACAUUUCAUUGUGUCUUUCAACGAUAACACCCAAAUAACAAAAGUGGUCGCCCUAAAAUGAAAAUGUGUCCACCACAUGUUUUAUUCUUCAGGACAGCCUGCGAAUAUCACCUCAAUAACCUUUAUUUAAUCAGAGAAGGCCACCUACGCGCGUGGCACGGGCCAUACAAUUCAUCAUAUGGGGAUGAAAUGGUUAAGACAAACGAUAUCCUACUUAGAAGUAGCACAGUCUCGCUAUGCGUGCGCCAACAUACCCGCAUGAAAAGUAAGCGCAGUGCUCUCCAUCUGUCCCUUUCAAACUAGCUUCUCAAUUGCACUGUAAUGAGGAUAUACUGCACAACUAACUGCAAGACGGUGUGCCCAAGAUCCCGUCUGUGUCACUCGCUUAUUUUCGUGCACAGAAGUGAACAUAAAUUUAAUCUCAAUGGCAAGAUUUAUUGUUUUACAUAUAUUUCUACUGAAAUGCUUAAUUAUUCUGGUAAUUAGUCAGUCACAGUUCCAAGGGCUUGUAAAACCAUGGAAGCACAGGAUUCAAUGGGAAUAUAACGGCCAGGUAUAUAGCUUACUGAGCACCGAUACGGAAUAUCAAGCGCCGAUACAGGCAAAAAGGGAUACUCAAUUUUAUCUGAGCACCAAACGAGAAAUUAAUAGGCACUCUCUGUCUGCAUCGACUGGCAGGUCAUCCGGAGGCAGAGAAAUGUAUCUGAAAACCGAAUUCCUAAAACAUGAUUUAAACCAAAAUCAUGGCAAUAUUCAACAAACAAAUCAUCACUCGAAAACCAAUGUGCACAGACCAGAAGUUGGGCGCAACAUUCCUGCUGCCUUUCGCACUUCUGGAGCGAGGAACCUGUUGUCUGGGUCAUCCCAUAGAAAACAGGUUGCAGGUUCCCCUGGCGCUCGAAGCGCGUCGGUGGGAGCGCGCUCUGGGGCAAAUUCUACACCGUCGUUGACAAUUAGCGAACCUACUGGCAACGGAGUUCCAAGAGGAGGAGGAAAUCAUGCUCGUAAUUACAAUGUAUUUGCUGUUUCAAGACGGGCUCAUGCUUCUCCAGAAAGAUCCACUGAGUUCCCCCGAGGUCUCGAUGGUCGCGGAGGGUCUACAACAGCGGAAAGCAAGAAUCCCGUAGAUGAAGGCACAAGGGAACCUAUUAAUCCUCUCCGGUUGGAAACCAGUGACGGCGCAGCUCAAGUGAAUGAUCACAAGACACUUGUUGGUUAUGAUUCUAAUUAUGCUAGAUCCCCGCAUGUGCUUUCUGAAAAUAGCAAUGAUGUUGGAAGAGAGAGUAUUAUGCCAGAGUCUGGCAAAACGGCAGACCCCAGUGAUAUGGUUGGAGAUGAUCCACGGUAUCCCUUCAUAAACAACGGGAACACCAUUCUCUAUAACGCCUACCGACCCCGUGGGAGAACAAGGGCUCCGACACGCCGUCCGCAAGGGUCUGGAUACGGAACAAGAUAUUUUCUCAACGGACUCCCGGACCUCAUUCCGGACCCUUAUUAUAUUCAAGCAUCUACUUAUAUACAGCGCGUGCAGAUGUACGCCUUAAGGUGUGCCGCCGAGGAGAACUGUCUGGCCAGGUCAGCGUACAGGCGAAGUGUCAGAGACAUUGACUUCAGGAUGCUGCUUCGGUUCCCCCAGAGGGUGAAGAAUCAAGGCACAGCAGACUUCCUUCCUCUGAAGCCCCGGCACCAGUGGGAAUGGCAUAGCUGCCAUCAGCAUUACCACAGCAUGGAUGCCUUUAGCACCUACGACUUGCUAGAUGUGUCCACUGGGCGGAAAGUCGCUGAGGGACACAAAGCAAGUUUCUGCUUGGAGGACACCACCUGUGAUCCAGGAUUCCAAAGGCGAUAUGCCUGCACAGCACACACACAGGGAUUGGGUCCUGGUUGCUACGACACCUAUGACGCCGACAUUGACUGUCAGUGGAUUGACAUCACAGAUGUGCCUCCUGGUAAUUACAUCCUCAAGGUUAUAGUGAACCCAACUUACCAAGUACAAGAAUCUGAUUUUUCCAACAACGCUGUGUGGUGUGACAUCACAUACACUGGAUCUUUUGUCCAAGCGCAGAACUGCCAGAUAAGGGGCAUCUAAUCUACCCAAUGUGCUAAUAAGGCCAUCAGAAGUGAGUUUCUGCUCAAAAAAAUAGAACUUUAUGCCAUCAAAGUUUUUACCUUGAUGGAAACUAACUGAGACUAACUUGGGAUAUUUUUUUUUACCAUACAGACUUAAAUAUAUUUCCCAUACAAAUAAAUAUUUCUGCACUUUUCAAACAUAACUGAAAUUCAAAGUAAGAAAGGAAAAGAUGAGUGCACCAAUAUGUGAUUAUAUAUUCAAUUGUAUAGCUUUUUAAUUUAAAAGUGUGUAAUAUUUUAACUCUGUUUAAUUAACUCCUCAAAAACAGAAAACAUUCAUUCUUAAGUUAUUUUUGAUGUACUGAAGGUGUUUUAAUGAAGGAAUUCAUGUAUGAUAGUAUUUUUAUUCUGAAAUGAACCACCCAUUGACAAUAAAGAACCAAGUUCAAAUAAAUCCCUCAAAGUCAUUUUAUGUGCACUCUGAAUACCAUUUCCAUGUUUAAAUAUUAGCCUUUUAUGUACCAAAUAUUAAUAUGUAUGCAUGUAUGUAUGUUUGUGUGGUUUUUCCCCACAAAAUUUAAUGGAAUCAUGCUGCUUAAGCACAUGAACUUGAAUACUUGCUGUAAAACAGUUUUGUUCCUAGUGGGUGAAUUUAUUUAGAGCUUUUUUAUUUAGUUUGUUUUGUAUGAAAUAACUGUUCUCUGUAAAGUCAGUAUGGUUGUUUUAUUUGUGUAUGUCCAAAAAAACAGUGACUGAAAUUUAAUGAAAAUAAAUA